AUUUCAUGGCAAGAAUAGUGAGGCAAGAUUUGAAGUCGCGGUAGAUUAGAUAAAGCAUUGUACAAGUCUACUGCAAGUGGAAAAGUUACAACACUUGUCCACUUGCAGUAGACUUGUACGUUGUUUUCCUAAUCUACUGUGACUUUGAAUUCUGUCUCACUACUCUUGCGAUGAAAUGAGCCAUCUCUACAAACACCUUCGGAUCCACCAAGUAUUUGGAGCAAACACCGACGUUGGAAAGACCAUCAUCACUACCGCGCUCGUUCGGGCUUCAGCUCUCAACAACAACCGCGUUUUUUAUCUCAAGCCAGUGAGCACUGGUGCACCGCAGGAUGCGGACGAUGGACACAUCAAACGCCAUGCGGGCCCGCAAAAGCAUCUAGUAGAUGCUCAUUGCUUGUUCCGCUAUGGAGACCCUGUUAGCCCGCACCUAGCUGCGAAGAUGGCUUCUGAAACUCAAGGAGUAAAAGUUUCUGUGCCUUCGGACGAAACUUUUGUUGGUUCUAUUGCGGAACAUAUUAGAAAGCGAGCUAGGGCGGCGAGUUUGGGAGCUCAUAUGUAUGUAGAGACAGCUGGAGGCGUUCACAGUCCAACGCUCUCCGGAACGACUCAACUCGACAGCUACCGCCCACUCUUCCUACCCACCAUCCUAAUUGGAGACUCAAAACUCGGCGGCAUAUCAUCAACCAUAUCAUCAUUCGAGUCCCUCCUACUCCGCGGAUACAUCAUAGACGCGAUCCUGCUAUUCCGCGACGAGUACUAUCGGAACUUCGAAUACCUCACGCAAUACUUCGCCGAACGAGGGAUUCAUGUCACAGCACUUGAUCCUCCUCCUCCACGACUUGACGACCCCUCGGAGAAUUUCGCAAACACCGAAAAAUACUACUCGAAUCUCGUUCCACCCAGCCAACAAGGAGAUGUUUUCACUGCGCUCGAGCAUCUGAACGAGUGUCACGCCCGACGCAUUCAAGAACUAGACUCCAUGCCUCGUCGUACGUCCGACGCGAUCUGGUGGCCGUUCGUGCAACACGGGUUGGUCAAGACCGAGAAGGACGUUACGGUCAUUGAUAGCGCGUGGUCGGAUUUCUUUAGUAUCUAUGAUGCUUCCCGCGAAAGAACCUCGCAGCCAGCAUCGCUAUUGCAACCCCAGCUGGAUGGUUCUGCUUCAUGGUGGACGCAAGCUGUCGGACAUGGUCAUCCGACGUUAGCACUUGCUGCUGCCAACGCAGCAGGACGUUAUGGCCACGUUAUGUUCCCGCAGGCGACUCACCUUCCUGCUCUAAAGCUUGCUGAACGCCUACUUCAAGGACCGGGCAAAGGCUGGGCUUCUCGUGUAUUUUUUUCAGAUAACGGCUCUACUGGGAUGGAGGCUGCGCUUAAAAUGGCUUUACGGUCCUUCAUCGUCAGUUCUGGACUUGAGCUGAGUUCGGCGGAGAAGAAGAACUUGGGGGUUAUUGGCUUGAAAGGGAGUUAUCAUGGAGAUACAAUCGGAGCUAUGGAUGCUUGCGAGGAGGGCGUUUAUGCUUGUGAAUGGCAUGAAGCGAAGGGUUAUUGGUUCGAGCCGCCGACUGUAUCUGUUCGGCAAGGCCAAGUCGCCGUUUCCCUUCCACCUGCCCUGUCGUCUCUCAGUGGUGAUCAGCAUCAGGUAGCCGAAGCAUUUGAAACCCUCUCUCAUGUCUAUGAUGUCGAGCAGCGUCUCGAAUCCCCGCUUGCAAGACACUACAGGCGAUAUCUAGAGAAACACAUGCGUCACCUUCAAGCGGACAGCAGCCGAAAGCUCGCCGCUCUGGUCAUUGAGCCCAUUGUCAUGGGCGCAGGAGGAAUGAUUUUCGUAGACCCAUUGUUCCAACGUAUCAUGGUCGACGUCGUCCGGGACCCGACCCUAUUCCCUACAGCUCUUCCAGUCAUUUUCGACGAAGUCUUCGUGGGGCUAUACCGCCUAGGAUUCGAAAGCGCAGGCCCUUUACUCGGUGUCAGCCCUGACAUCUCAGUGAAUGCCAAGAUUCUCACUGGUGGCGUAUUGCCUCUGGCCGUAACGUUGGCUUCCGACCGUAUUUUCCAGGCGUUCAACAGCGAGAGCAAAGUCGAUGCCUUGUUGCAUGGACAUAGUUAUACGGCGCAUGCUGUUGGGUGUCAGGUUGCAAAUGCGACGCUUGAUAUGGUUGGCAGGCUGGUAGAGAGCGAUCAGUGGUUGGGGGCGAUCCGUAAAUGGGCGCCUGAAGGAGCGACUUCUUCGAGAGCGUGGAGUUUCUGGGAUCCGAAAUUUAUCGCGUCGAUUUCUUGUCUGGAUAUCGUCGAUGAAGCGAUGACGCUGGGAACUGUGCUUGCUAUCAAGUUCAAGGACGAUGAUGCAGGUUAUGCAUCACAUUCCGCUCAGACUCUGCUCCAGAGCUUACGAUUACCACUGGAGGAUGGGUCUUCGUCGGCGGCCCCUGGAGGUGCACCCUUUGGGGUGCAUUAUAGGACGCUGGGGAACGUGGCGUAUUUCAUGAGUAGCUUGAAUACCUCGCGUGCGACUAUCGAGGCGUUGGAGGAGCGGCUGUGGAGGCUCGUGUCAGAUGUACGGCGUUCAUAGAGCCUAUAGGGUAUUGGUGAUGCAUGGCCUCGCAUGCUUGCACAUGGCAUGUAAUAGAUGUUUUAAGUGAGGAUCGGUUUCAGUGCAAUUACAGUUGCGAAAACUAAGUU